GGAAACUCUGGUUCCCAAUUUUCAACUGUCCGGGGUUAUUUAAAGCUUUACCUGUGGGUUACAAUAAUGUGUGAUCUACCAAAAAGGUAAGCCCAGAAGCAAAAGACACCCUGCAGGAAGCAGUUCUUAAAUAUCUCAUAAAAAUGUUAAUAAAAGCAAAAUACAGAUCAUGUGUGUUUAGCCAAAAAGGAGCUUUAGUGGCAGGUUAGUUAGAAAGCAUGUUUCAGGUUUUUUCUUCUUCUUUCUACUGUAAACUGCAUCACAGCAGCAGUCAUUACAGUCUGAACAGGGAAACAAACUUUAAAGAUCUAAUUUAUUUUAAAGUUCUUGCAUUGACCACAAAGUAUUUCAGUAUUUAGGGGAUUUACAGGCUGAAAUCUAUUCAUGCAUAAUAAUGAAACAAAAAAAGAGGAAAGAAAGCUUUAAAUAUCUUACUUUACUGACAAGACAGCGUUUAAACCACAGAAGAGAAAAAAAAACAGAAACCACAUCCUUCUGUUCUUAACAGACUUUCUUUAACUCUGUUGGCCUCACAGCCCGGACCUGCAUGAGAGAUAAAACGAAGCAGAGCAGCAGCGAUGACUUUGACGGCAGCAGCAACAGGAUUUGUCAUCUUUCUGCUCUGUCUGAUGGGGAUUCACAGUCAAACAUGGGGAGUGGAAUACGCCUCCAAACGCAUCUGUGCCUUUGAAGGAUCCACAGUGGAAAUAUCCUGCACCUACACAUACCCACCCAGGAUAAGUUACAAGAAAACUGUUGUUCAGAGAGAAUUCUGGUUUACUAAACUGAAGGACAACAACCCACUGGACCUGACAGAAGACCCUGACUAUGCAGGCAGAGUCACAUAUCGCUGUUCUGAAAAGAACUGUAUGCUGAGGAUCAGGGGUCUGAAACGGAGUGACUUUGCUGAGUACAAGUUCAGGUUUGAGACAAACCAACCCGGUGGGAAUUUCACCGGUUCACCAGGAGUCUCUCUGACUGUAACAGAUCUCCAAGUGCUGAGUCAAAGAAAGAGGGACUGCCCGACUUAUCCAUGUGCAUUGUUUGAGCUUACGUGUCACAGCAGUUGUGUUCCUCCCCAUUUUUCCUACGUGUGGUACAAAAAUGGUGAAAUAAUAACGGCUGGAUCACAACAAAAGUACUCAGCUUGGUUUUUCACUGCAGACAGUGUUUCCUGUGCUCUAAGAGGACACGAGUCUUUCCACUCUCCUGCUGUGUGUCCUCGUGUGCAGGUGAUCCGGUCUGGACAGGAACUGGUUUGUCACAGCAGCUGUUUUCCUCUGCAUCACCUUUCCUUCAUUUGGUUCAUGAAUGGACAGGAAGUUCAGGGAGAAACUUCUUCUUAUUACAGAAAACCUGUUUCUCCUGAAGCCUCCUACUCCUGUUCUUACCAGGGUCACCGCUCACCUGAAGUCUAUGCUCCAAAGUCCGUUUCUGUAUCCAUGAGUCUGACUGAGAUUAUGGAGGGCAGUUCAGUGACUCUGACCUGCAGCUGUGAUGCUAACCCAGCAGCUAAAUUCAGAUGGUACAAAAACAACCAACCUCUGCUCCGUAAGGAUCAAAGUCUGAUCCUCAGGUCCGUCCAGCGUUCUGACUCCAGAAAAUACCACUGUGUAGCUGAGAAUAAACUUGGAGAAGCAGCAUCUGACUAUGUCUUCAUAAAUGUGGAAUAUCCUCCAGAAACCUCCUCUGUGUCAGUGAGUCCCUCUGCUGAGGUCCUGGAGGGCAGUUCAGUGACUCUGACCUGCAGCAGUGAUGCUAAUCCAGCAGCUAACUACACCUGGUUCAAAGACAACAGACCUCUGCGUUCAGAAGACAAAGUUCAUUUCUCCUCCAUCAGGUCUGAACACUCAGGAAAUUACAGCUGCAAGUCUGAGAACAAACAUGGACAAAGCAGCUCGACCCCUCUGCUCCUGGAUGUUCAGUAUCCUCCCAGGAUUCCCUCAGUGUCAGUGAGUGUCUUUGGUAAAAUCUCUAAGGGCAGUUCAGUGACUCUGACCUGCAGCAGUGAUGCUAACCCAGCAGCUAACUUCUCCUGGUACAAGAAGGAUGAAAACUCACCAAAAGCAUCUGGACCAAACUGGACCAUCAGUGAUUUCAGAGCUGAACACAGUGGCUUUUAUUACUGUGAAGCAGAGAACAGAAGAGGACGUCUGAACUCCAGUUUACAUCUGAUUGAAGCAGAAACAGGUUCAUGGAAAUCAGCAGCAGCUGGAACGACCACAUUUGCUGUUUUGUUGUUUGUCUUUAUCCCUGCCUUUCUUUGGAUCAGAAAAAACAGGCGUGUCACAGAGCAGCAGGAGAAGAGAGCUGCCAACAGAAGUCAGCUCAACACGAGUCCAGACAUCAACAGUCCAUCUGCAGAAACAGAAGCAGCAGAAGAGCAGCUUGAGCUUCAUUACAGCAGCAUCUAUUUCUCUAAGAACCAGGAGGAAUGUCUGUACUCCAACAUCAGGAGAAAUCCCAAACCCAGACAGAGACCAGAGGACAACUCUGUUGAAUAAUCUGCAGUUGUAUUCAAGAAAUCUGCUGAAGCUAAAAAAACAACAGAAGCUGAACUUUCAGAGGAUUUUGCUCUUUACAGCACCGUCAACAAAGUCUCAUCCUGAUGCAGGAAAAUCAGAUUUACCUUCACCUUCUGCUGUUAUUGACGUGUUUGCUUUGGUUUAGUUCAAUAUUUUUAAAAAUAAUAAAAUUUCUUGGAGAAGAAAAAAAAACAUGUAGAAUUUGAUACAAGAAGAUUCUUAGCUUGGUCACGUUUUCUCUUAAAUGAUUCAUGAAAAACACAACGAUGUGACAUAAGCAGCAGAACCAACUGUUUUUAUAAAAUUACUUUCAUUAAAACCCGUAUUCUUUUUAGGAGGAUUUCUUUGUAUUAUCAUUAAACACAGAAAAAAUACGGCAUUUUUGUCCUGAGAAUUUCUGGUUCAGCUCAGAUUCAGUUUAAGUUUUUCUGAAGAGAGAAACAGAAAAACUGCGUCUGAGAAGAGAGUUUCUCAUAAAGCAUGCAGAGGUUUUCUCUCUCAGAGGUGAGACUCCACAGCAGCCCAUCCCAGCUGCUGAUGAUCACACUUCCUGCUUCCAGAUUACAUUUACAUCUUUGAUCUCCUCCUUAAGUCAUGAAUGGAAGCGGUCCAGAAUGUAGACAUGCAGAUGUACAGCUUCAUUUAAAGUGACCUGACAGAGAAACAGACCAGCUGACUGAUAAGCUUCCUCACUCAGAGCAUUCAAAUGCAAAAUCAAGAACUUUUGAUCAGUCAUGAACAAAAUGCUGCAAACUCCUGCUUAACUCUGAAAAUACCUGCUUUUAAAAACUUGUAAUUACCUGAACGUCUGUUUUUUUUCAGAAUAUGUGGUUUACUGAAUAACUUUCAGAAUGACAGAUGCAGUUCCAGUUUUACAGAAGUGACUUCAUCCACAUAUAGCUGAAGCUGAUUAUGUUUUAUGAGGAACUAAAUGUCGACUUUGAGUCAAUCAAAAUUAUUUGUGUUUUUUUAGAAACAACAGUAAAAAAGUUUUACUUCACCUUUGCAGAAGUCUUCUAGUUUCUAAUAUCAGGGUAAAACUUGUCUCUCUAUGUUCAGGUGAAUGUGAAGAGGAAGAAAAGCUGCAAAUGAAACAGCUUCAGUUUUUCCUUCACCUUUUUGAUUUAAAUACGUUUUUUUACUGUGACAUGAAUCAAAAACAACACAAUCUUCAA